AUGGUAACGGGCUCUCUGAGCAGAGCGUCGAUCGACGUCCGCCGUGAUCUUCAGAGGAGCGUCAGGAGAGGAGGAAACAGGGGCGGAGCCUCACGCAUCGUCACGGUGGAGUUUGGUCGCGGUCUGACGGCGAAGGUUCGAGCUUUAGGUUUCAGGUUUCACACCCGUCUCCUCUGCUGA